AUGGCAUUGUCAUCGGCAAUUGCGAAUCAAUGCGACGACGGGAAUGGCGGUUUCACAUACCAAGGCCUUGUCGUCCGCCACCGACUCAAUCCGAUCUGGGCUUUCCCGAGGUCCGACGGGCUCGUUGAAGUCAAAGUCCUCGUCCUCCAAGUCCAAUGUUUUAUGUUGCCAGGGGAAAUAGUGAAGCGAACGUCCGAGAAGGUCUCUGCGGGGAUGGGAAUGCUUGCGCUGUCUGCGUUUCUCCUGAACAUGGUGGCGCAUUACAUGUGCUCGCUUUUCCCGGGACGAGGAGUUGGAGUCGACAAAGUAGAAAAGUUGGUUUUUGGCGGAAUUAUUCUCUGA